UCCAUGGCGGCGUCCGCGCAGGCCGCGGCGCUCAGCGCGGAGCAGGCGAAGGCGGUGCUGGCGGAGGUGAUCAAGGCCUUCGGGGCGCCCGAGAACGCGCAGCGCAUGGAGGAGGCUCGUGACAACGCCUGCAACGACAUGGGCAAGAUGCUGCAGUUCCUCCUGCCCGUGGCCACCCAGAUCCAGCAGGACGUGAUCAAAGCCUACGGCUUCAGCAACGAUGGCGAAGGGGUGCUGAAGUUCGCCCGGCUGAUCAAGUCGUAUGAGUCGCAGGACCCGGAGAUCGCCAGCAUGUCGGGCAAGCUCAAGGCCAUGUUCCUGCCGCCCAUGACGCUGCCGCCGCACGGGGCCGGGACCGGCGGCGUGGCAACCUCCUGAGACCGUGGGCCUCUCCUGCCCUGCCGGGUCGCGGUGCCAUGGCCGGGGCUGACCUCUCGAGGUGCGGCUCCCUCGGCUCCGGGAAUGGAGCGCCCGAACAAGGGAGACGCUGACCGGAAAGGAAUGGGAUGCUUUGUGCAUGUUUGUGUCUGCCGGUGAAUAAAGAAUGUCUUGA